AAGCUGAUACAAUAGCUGAUGUACCUAUCUUUUAAUCUGGGUACAGUUUAUCUUAAUGAAAAGUGCGUGAUAAUUGUAGGCAUUACUAUACAUGUCAACGGAUCGUGUUAACCAAACAAUGCACAUUCGGAUGAUCAACUCGCGACUGCAUACAUAAACCUGCUUUCUAGGUAGCUGCUUUCUUGCACAGGUACCUGAUACAGGUGCAUGUGGCUUCUAGUUACUUUUUUGGAUUGACGCUGGAUGUCCUUCUUGAAUCGGAUUUUGAGUUCAGAAGAGGAACAGUUCAUUGACUUUGUUAAUAAAGACAUUGAACACUUCCUUAGAUGCUACACUUCAAAGAGCAUAUUGCUGUUUCCUCCACUUAGCAGUUUCCAUCGACUGUUGAUCCACAAAGUCGCUGAGGACUACCAAAUACUUCACACCUUCUCUGUAGGUGAAGGACAGUCGAGACGAACCACUGUCUGCCUCCAAGAAGAUCUCACUAGUUGCCCUUCAAAAGAAGAAAGAUUGAUGUCAUUGAAUCGGCCCCCUUCGGCUAGAGGAAGGGGGCGGGGGCGAUGGUCAAGCCCCGGGUCUCAGUUGGACAACAAAGAGCAGAACAGACAUAGAGAUGGCACAAGGACAGAGGAUAGACCAAGGGAAGGUCUUGGAACAGAGGGCAGAUUUAAAGAUGACCUAAGGAACAGACCCAGGGAUGGUUUGAGAACAGAACCACAGACAAAUGAAAGGCAUGAGUACAAAUCACCUAGGGGCGUUGGUAUUUCUCCACCCUCAAAAGAUGUCCCUCUAUCAAGAAGGGGACGAGGGCAGAACACAAGAACAAGGAACAAAAGACCAGAUGCUCAGAUCUAUGUACCUCGAGGACGGAGACAACAGCAAAUACCUGUUAAUCAACUCCAAGAAUGUGAUGAUACAGUAGUGCAUCCUAGUGAUGGGGAUUCCCGUCACAAUGUUGUGGAAAAUAGGUUGAGGAAUAAUGAUCUUGCAAAGCAGGAUGUAGAUGGUAGGAUAUCAGACGUAGGUGGUGGGACAAUGGAUGGUCAGCUCUGUAACAAAGAAAUUCACAGUGGUCUGGAAAAGUGUCAUAACACAUCUUCCAGUUAUGACGAAGGUUUUCCUGAAGUUGUCAGUAAACCUGCAGAACAAACAUUCCCUCAGUCUACAAAUCUGUCAAAAGCCAAACAGGUGUCUCAGCCGAGGAAGUCUAGAUCAAAGAUUCAGGUGUAUGUGCCACCACACCAGAAACAUAAUAACAGUGGAAGAUCACAGGAAAUGCCUGGCCCAUUACAUCCACUCAGCUGUGGUCAGGAGAAGCAAAAUUCUAUGGAUACAGAAUACGCUGCUGAUGCCAGAGAGGUAGGCACGGAUGAAAGUAAAUUGAGUAGUGACUCGCAUCAUAGAACAAAAGUCAAAAGAGUAAAAUUGAACAAUUCUGUCAGUAAGCUGAAGAGCAGGGAUGACAGAGAAAUGGAACAAAACUGUGCCUUGUCAGGUAGUCCUCAAGAACAGUGUAGGUUAUCAAAUUAUUCCGACCCUAGUGAAGCAGAUGUGGUUAAUUGUGAGCAAAGUAUAUUGGAUGUAUGUGAAUCAAGACCUAGUACUUCAGAUAUUACACAUGCCGAAGACCCUAGUGUAUCAGAUAUACAUGUUCAAGGCCCUAGUGAAAAAUAUAUACAUGUUCAAGGCCCUAGUGUAUCAGAUAUUCAUGUUCUAGGGCCUAGUACUUCAGAUGUAAAUGUUUCAGACCAUAGUACUUCAGACAGACAUGUUUCAGACCCUAGUCCUUCAGACAAACAUGUUCCAGGGCCUAGUACUUCAGAUAGACAUGUUCCAGGUCCUAGUCCUUCAGAUAGACAUGUUUCAGGUCCUAGUCCUUCAGACAAACAUGUUCCAGGUCCUAGUCCUUCAGAUAGACAUGUUCCAGGUCCUAGUCCUUCAGACAAACAUGUUCAAGGGCCUAGUCCUUCAGAUAGACAUGUUCCAGGUCCUAGUCCUUCAGACAAACAUGUUCCAGGGCCUAGUCCUUCAGAUAGACAUGUUCCAGGUCCUAGUCCUUCAGAUAGACAUGUUCCAGGCCCUGCUCUGUCUGAUAUAAAUAUUCCUGUCACUUGUGUAUCUGCUGUAAGUGAUCCAUUUGUUUCCUCUUGUGGCAAUCCUCAUGGUUUUGACAGUGAAGACGAUAACAAAAGAGGUUUCCAUGGUAAUAAGGCUGACCUUAAUGACAAAUCUAGUAGUGAUCUUUGCUCUUCCAAUGGAGAUAAGAUUUGUGUAAAAUCGGACAAAUUUUGUCAGUCAGUGGAUGAGGUUCGGACAGUGGUUGAGAGGGAAUCGCUGACAUCACAACAAAGUGGAAACAGUGUAGAAUCGACUACUAAGGUGAUUCCUGUUGACAGGAUGGAUUCUGAUCUGAUAUCAACUGCUACACAGGGACAUAAGGAUGGCAGUCACCAACAAACUGUUACUUCUGCACAAGACAUUACCAAGAUAGAAACAAAUUUUAAGGAAAAGUUUGAUAAAAGUACUGAUCAUAGCAAGAAGGCAAAAAUGCAUGAGUUAUCUGAUGAACUGACAACGAUGACAGAUUUAGGAUUGGUGAAGGAGGAACAGAGACAAGAGAUAUCUGACAAAGUGACAACGAUGGCAGAUUUAGAAUGGAUGCAGGAGGAGCAAACCGUAGUUCCAUCCAGUACUUCAUGCGAUACAGACAAGAAGACUGAGGGUACAGAACACAUGGAUGUAGAUAACGAUGUUUGCAGUGGUGAAGAAGGAAAAGAUGAAGAGGAAGAUGAUGAUUCAUGGGACAAGAUGUUUGAUGAUGAGGGUGAAUGUUUAGAUCCCGUUGCCAUGGAGGAGUUGACCUCUGCCAUUGGGAAAGUCAAAAUAAAGAAACCAAUUAUUGACUACCUCAGCUAUAAACCACGAGAUCCAGAUCUUAGUCGAGAGGAUGUUGGACAUGUGAUAGAGAUAUAUGACUUUCCACCAGAGUUAAAAACAGAGGACUUGAUGUCAGCAUUUCAGCAGUUUAAAAGCAAAGGUUUUGACAUUAAGUGGGUAGAUGAUACCCAUGCUUUAGGAGUGUUUAACAGUGUCGUAGCAGCCCAGAGUGCCCUGACACUGAAUCACCCCUUGCUGAAGGUCAGGGCCUUGUCUGAAGCAGCACGACAGAGCAAAGAGAAAGCCAAGCGAUGCAUUGAGUUCCUGCAGCCUUACAAACCACGUCCAGAGACUUCAGCUCUGACUGCCAGAAGGCUUGUGACUGGAGCCCUAGGGCUGGCCUCAAAGGUAUCGCGAGAGCAGAGGGACCUUGAACGUCAAAAGCUUCGACAAGCCAAAGAAAAGAAGAAGCUGAUGAAAAAACAAAAAGAUGAUAUGUGGGAAGGAACAUACACAUCAGAGAAUGCGGAAACGUCAUGACAGAAUUUUUAUGGACCAGUGCCUACUUAAGACCAAACAGCUUUGUUAAUCAGUGAAGUGUCCUUCCAUUUUCUGACUACAAAACCAACAUAUUUAAAUCACCUGAGAAUAUUUGAUAAUAUUUUAUACACAAAUCCUUCAGAUUUUGAAACUGAGCAUCCAAAGGACUUGGAAAAAUUUACUUUAAAAAGAAGUUUUAUCAUUGGCACAUGUUUAUCAUGGGAUGUUAUAGAAAUAGUAUAUGUGAGCGGAGACAGAGGAGUCAAAGACGAGUCUGGGAAAUGUGGACAUUUUUCCUUUUGAUAGAGCUUUAUUACUCCAUUCCUGGAGAUAUAUUGUGCCUUGCAUCUUGAUGAAUUUGUAUGUAAGCUUUGUUUAAGCUCAGCCUUUGGAAUGCAUGUAGCUUUGUUGUGUUAGCAUGUUAAUUUAGCCAUAAAAAGUUGAUGAUAUGGAGAUAACCCAAAUUCAUGAAAAAAUGAAUUCAAGAUGAGAUAGGGGUUACUCGAAAUUCCAUUUUUUUGCAAUUGGUUUCCUAUUUUCUCCUACAAAUCCUAGAAGUGUCACACAUACAGAGUUUAUAACAACAUCCAACUAUGUAUGUUGUCAAUUUAGAAUUAUCCUAUAAAUCCUAUGGACAUACCUGAUAGACCAACAAAUUAUUAACAUUGGGGGCAGAUUUUGGUUCUCUAUGAAAAGCUGUAGGUUGUAUCGUCCUACAACCUCAAUCAUUGUAAAAAUACAACACAUUCUUAGCAGAGUUUUCAUUUAAUAUAAGAUUUUAUGUAGCUACUUUUGGUGAGCCUGAAGUAAGCUAAUAAUUACUUUAAUAAAUCACAUUUACAGUAAAAACAAUUCUUUAUCCUGUAAUGAGAAAUUUGUUGCAUUUUUUAUGAAAAUAUUUUAACAGGCUGAAUUAGAGUCUGGAGUCUUUCAGGGUGUAACAAUCUCUCUGUAGUAGGAAGUCUGUGAUGAAAUCAAGUUGUGAUGUCAGAAUUCCUGAAGAACCGACAUUUAAUACUUUUGUGAUAUUUUAUACAUAUUAACUUGAAUUGAGCCUCAGUCUUGAAUUCCACUUUCAUUCAUGUAUAAAAUUGUCACAUUCAGCUGUGCAUGCAUUCUUGUCCUUACAGUUCCUUAUAAACAAAAUGUAAGCAUUCUGUACUUUAUUGUGUAUGUAUAGAAAGUGGAACAAUGUAAUACGAAUUCUGCUAUAUUUAUUGUUUCUAAAUAAACAUGAAAUG